AUGUCAACAUUUCUUCAUUUAUUUUUUAUGUAUUUAAUGGCUAUUUUUUAUAUCAUUGCUGGUAUUUCUCAUUUUUUAACACCAAAAUUUUAUCUUGCGAUUAUGCCACGUUAUAUGCCAUAUCAUCUUGAACUUGUUUAUUUAUCAGGUGCUUGGCUUACUAUAGCAUUACUUAUUGCUGUUUAUCCAGCUAAUAUUCAAAUGGUACAAGACUAUUGGUCAAAUAAUCAUCCACAAAAGUAUGCAAUAUUAGUUCGUCUUCCACUUCAAUUUGUUUUUAUAUGGUGGGCAUAUCAAUAUACAAAACCGAUUCAACAUUCUAAAUUACAUUAA